GUCAUGUGACUGGCGAAUAGACUGUAGACUGUAAACUUGUUCUCUCCCCCAAGACCAGAUCAAAACCAAGCUACAGAAGAUGGAGUUUGGAUAUAAGAACAUACACUUGAUGAAAGAUAAAGUAGUGGGCACUGGUGCUUACGGUACAGUAUUUCAUGCCAGGAUAGACAACCUCGUGUGUGCAGCCAAGAGCCUGCAUCCUGUUUUGUUUCGUGAUAAUGAUCCUAGUACAGCUGGCCUUCACAAAAAAUUUCUCUCUGAGUGUCAAAUCAUGAGCAGACUGCGUCACCCAAACAUUGUCCAGUACCUUGGUAGAACCACAGACCCACAGACACAACUACCAAUACUUUUGAUGGAGCUAAUGGACUGCAACUUAACAAAGUUUUUAGAAGGAGAAGAGCCAUUUCCCUAUCAUCUGCAGGUCAACUUCUCCCAUGAUGUAGCUAAGGCAAUUGCUUUUAUUCACAGUAAUCAAAUCAUGCACAGAGAUGUGAACAGUAACAAUGUCCUUCUCUUGGGCAGAGUGCAAGCCAAGCUUGGAGAUUUUGGCAUGUCCAGUCUUUUACAAGAUAGGAAAUCCAGACUGACCCAGUGCCCAGGAGCUUUAGCCUACAUGGCACCAGAAGCUCAAUCUUACAUGUACAGCGAAAUGUUGGAUAUCUUUUCAAUGGGAGUUCUCUUAGUUCACAUGAUGACAAGAAUGUAUCCAAACCCUACAGACGCACAUCGAGAUGUUGGAUUCGAGAAAGGACGGCGGCUUCUAGUAGCUGUACCUGAACUAGACCGUCGUCGCGAACACAUCAGCAUGAUAAACAGCUCCCAUCCACUGCUACCAAUCGCUAACAAUUGCUUGGAAGAUAAAGCUGCUCAGCGUCCAUCAGCCAAUCAUUUAUGCCAACAAAUAGAAACUUUGAAAACUGCGCCUACGUACCAAGAGAGCUUGAAACCCAGGGCACAGGAGAGAAGAGGAGAAGAGAAAAGUUCACAAAGGAGUGAACAGGAGAUUGAAGCUCUAAGAGUAAAGGUUGAAAACCAACAGUUAGAACACCAGAAACUAGCAGAGCAACUUGAGCUGAAGGAUCGACAGUUGCAAGAGGCGCAGUACAGGUUUACACAGCAACAGGCAGUGCAGCAAGAAAGAAAAAGACCAAUUCCUCGACCAAUUCCUCAGUCAGAGACUGCUGUGAAAAAGCUGCAGAAAGAGCUUUCUGCAAGUCAAGAGGCCAAUUCAAGACUAGAGGAGACUGUUGCACAGUUAGAGAGCAGAGCACUACACCUACGGGACCAGGAUGGAGCAACAGAGAUUGGCCCCGACUGGAAGUGAUGGGAAAUACACAGCUGUGCUGUACACACCAUCUUAUGUCAAGAAUGCCACGAAAGAAUGGAAUGCAGUGCUUGCCCUUUGCCCAAAGUCUCUGGCUGUCAUGACAACAGGACUGAGGAAACUCAUUAACGAAAUGUUUGAGGCACCGUUCACUUCAAGUUCGGUUGGUGUCACAUUUGACCACUACCGGAACACUCUGACUGUUGGUAUUCCUGAUGAUGAGAGCACACGUAACCAUCGUAUCCAGUUCAGCAUCACUCCACCAACAGUAAUACAUACUAUAAAAGAUCAUGUUGCUAAUGUACAGUUUACUCUUUCCAGAUUGAAAGAGACGAAGUGGACUUGCCAAAGACUGACUCUGAGACGCAAGAGAAGCUACUUGCCAAUGGCACCUACCCUCCACACAUCGUCCUGAGCAUUCGUCCUUCUCCCCACUCCCACAGCCUGCUGAGGUGUAACCUUCUGCUGCAGGGAGUGAAGACCAGACACAACCUGGUCCUCUCCACUCCCACACAAACUGCUCCAUUGCCAAUACAAGCCAGACAUCCUCAGCAUAUCACCGUUACUGGAACAGGCAUUAACAAAGAACUAGAGAACAGUGACAUGGAUCACCGGGCACUAGAUGAACCAGCAGACCUCCGAAAACUCAUGAACCUCUGUGGCUCCAGAAUCCCUCAGAAGUGGAAGGCCAUUGGCACUCAGCUGGGAAUACCUGACGGGGAUCUCGAGGCCACUGAUGCGGACACUAAAACAGUUGGUGGUGCUAUUCAGAAAAUUUUUACCAAGUGGAGGGAGAUUGAUACUGAUCCAUCGUGGAGGAAACUGCUGAAAGCUCUUAGAACUCCUCACGUCCAGCAAUACAUUCUAGCUUAUGAGAUCCAGAGGCAACUUACCACACAAACCGUUACUAAAAUUUAAUGAGAAAGUGACUCCAUUUUUGUAAAGUUGCUGUCAAUUGAGUUUUGUUAUGUAGUACAUAUAAGGACAGGUAACUAAACAUUUGCUAACCUUAUCACAGUCA